CUGCUCUAGCUAUAUACCUCUUAUCAGCUUGCCCAGCAACUGCAAUUUUUUAAGAGUCAUCAGCAGUAAUGACCUAGUCUGUCUUUGAUCCAAAGCACGAUGUAGUUUUCAACGAUGCACUAAACAGGACAACAAAGAACCUCCAAAUGGCCCCCCCUCCCCCUCGCAUGCUACAAUACCAAGAGAAGAUGACAACAAAGAUAGAGAUGUUCCCGAGGAAUCGAUCAGAGAUUUCGAUGCAUCAUCGACAUAUAUAUAUGAGCACCUGAAAACUGACACCUAUGUAUGAGCAGCUGUAUGAAGACGGAGCUACCAAUCACCUGAUCUGAUCAUACAUGGCCGUCUUUGGUGGAGGUCCCGUGCUUGUCGCCGUCGCGCUGGCAUGCGCGGGCCUCGUCGUCUGGCUGCGGUCACGGAGCUCCUCUUCCAAGGAGAUGGGGGACAUCCCGGGCACGAUGGGGUGGCCGGUGGUCGGCGAGACGUUCUCCUUCAUCUCCGACUUCUCGAGCCCCGCGGGGAUCCUGAGCUUCAUGCGCGACCGGCAGAGGCGGUUCGGCAAGGUGUUCAAGACGUACGUGCUGGGGCGGGUGACGGUGUUCAUGACGGGGAGGGACGCCGCCAAGAUCCUGCUGUCGUCGGGCAAGGACGGCGUGGUGAGCCUCAACCUCUUCUACACGGGGAAGCAGGUGCUGGGCCCCACCAGCCUGCUCACCACCAACGGCGACGAGCACAGGAAGCUGCGGCGGCUCAUCGGCGAGCCGCUCUCCGUCGACGCUCUCAAGAAGUACCUGGGCUUCAUCAACGACCUUGCCGUGCAGACGCUGGACACGUGGCACGGCCGCAGCAGGGUCCUCGUGCUGGAGGAGGCAUCGUCGUUCACGCUCAAGGUGAUCGCCAACAUGCUGGUGAGCCUGGAGCCGGAGGGCGAGGAGCAGGAGAAGUUCCGGGCCAACUUCAAGGUGAUAUCGUCGUCGUUCGCGUCGCUGCCGCUCAAGGUCCCCGGCACGGCCUUCCACCGGGGCCUCAAGGCCAGGAACCGGAUGUACGCGAUGCUGGACUCGGUGAUCGCGAGGCGGCGGAGUGGGAGUGAGGGCGAGGCGGCCGCCCCGAGCGACUUCCUGCAGACGCUGCUGCGGAAGCACGCCGGCGACGAGGCCGACAAGCUGACGGACGCGCAGCUCAAGGACAACAUCCUCACCCUGCUGGUCGCCGGCCACGACACCACCACGGCGGGCCUCACCUGGCUCGUCAAGUUCCUCGGGGAGAACCCCGACGUUCUGGACAAGCUACGGGAGGAGCACCUGGAGAUCAAGGAGAGCCUCAACGGCUCGUCGCGUCUCAGGUGGUCUGAUGUCAACAACAUGCCUUACACAAACAAGGUGAUGAACGAGACCCUGAGGAGAGCAACCAUCCUGCCAUGGUACUCGAGGAAAGCCGCACAGGACUUCAGCAUCGACGGUCAGUGGCAGCGACGCCCUCACCGCACUGGCGGACAGACAGCAACAUGGACUGAUGCCGUGGAAUCUCUGACACGCAGGGUACGCGAUCAAGAAGGGGACGUCGGUGAACCUGGACGUGGUGUCCAUCCACCACGACCCGGCCGUCUUCGCCGACCCCAACCGCUUCGACCCCAACAGAUUCGACGAAACACUCAAGCCGUACAGCUUCCUGGGGUUCGGGAGCGGGCCGCGGAUGUGCCCCGGAAUGAGCCUGGCAAAGCUGGAGAUCUGCGUCUUCGUCCACCACCUCGUCUGCCGAUACACAUGGAAGCCACUGGAGGACGACGACACGGUGCAGCCGACGCUGGUGCGGAUGCCCAAGAACAAGUACCCCAUAAUGCCAACCGCGCUCUAAGAUAGAAAGAUGCACGUUGCUACCACAGCAUCAACGCUACAUCUGUCUGUCUACGCUGCUGCAAAUGACUGAAUGCUUGGCCAGAUCCGGCACAAAAUACGAUUUGAACAAUACAGCAGUUGAGAAACAAGCAAGCUGGACCAUCUAGAUCACUGUAAAAUGAUCACACUGUACUUUUAACCGUUGGUUGUUGUGUUGUAAAUGACUGAAUAUUUCGCAGUCUCAGGCGCCAAUGGACUGAAUGAAAGAAUAGCCUCAAAGGAAAUGCCCCAAAUCGCCACAAAUGAUAAACAUACAGCACAAACAGAGAGGAGCACUUUCAGUACAAAUCAACAUGUUCAAAGCCGGGAGAAAACGGAACCUGGAGCAGCUUAAUGUAACAUACUUUUUUUAGUACAAAAGCUCAAUUGGUUAGUACGAACAGUAAAAGUAACCUAACGUUUGCAUCCUGAGAUUCGGUGAACUAAGAAAAAAAGGCUACACUAAAUCAAGGGCAAUUAGAAUGCUGCUGAUGAAUAAUAACAUCAUCAUAACUCCUCUCAAAGGGGCACCAGUAAUUAAUCUGGAACCAGAGUAUAUAAGCUGCGAUAGGACAUUGGUGCAUUGUCAAAGGAACAGCAACCAGGUAGCAUCACAUCCACUCAGGCAAGCAUAACCUCUGGUGUUCUCACAAGUCACAAGGAACACGGGACAGCUCAAGGAACACCCCACCAACAUGGCGAAGCAAACAUAACCAGUUCAUCAAGCAACCAUAAAUAGAGGCCCUCCAAUGCUAAAGGCACAUAGAAUGGAACCAAAGGAUAAUCUCUUUGCAUUCGUGGAUCAACUGGCCAGACUAAAAUGAUCUUAGGACGCAAGUAACCAAAUCCAGAACCACAGUAUCAACCAAUCCACAACAAGAACAAAUAACCAAAAAGAAGCCUGCCAAAACAAAAGUCAUUUGAGAAUGACGUUGUAACACAGUAUUGAAGAUGUAAGAUUGAAAACAUUACCAGUUAAUUUUCUCUAAUGGACGAUUCAUCACUUGCUUUCAGAAGAGGUAACAAGAACAUAGUUUUUUCUUGUAGCUGUAGGUGUGUUCAAGUAGAUUAUAGUAGUCAACCCCUUGCUUCCCCGAAAAGAACACAAAUGCGGACACUAACUUGCCAUCCAAUCCCCCGUAUCACAGGCAUAAGCUUAAUUAGGACCAGGGUCAUCAAACACAGUGACAAAAUCCAUCUUUUAAUAGCCAAAUAGCACAUCAAGCAAACAUGCAGGAUCCAAGCGCCAAGCACUAUGACCAAGUCAUAUGCCUGGCAAGCAGGAAACGAUAAUAAACCGGUCAGUAAUACGGUCU